AGCAAAUGUAGUGCAAGCAAAACGGGUUGGCGAGAUUGAGUUUUUUCAUCCCGGCGAAAAUAACUUUAAUAUAAAUUUAUUUUGCAUUUAUUUUCUUUAUUUGUUUUAAGUAUUAAAUUCCCAUUAACCUAAUUUGUUUACACAUUCUGUUGAAAUGUCUGCAUCAAGGAUAUUGAGUGUUUUUAAUCUAGCUGCAAAAAGUUCAUUGAUUGGAAUUAAAUAUAGCAAAGCACCCACAUUAAAUUUGGUGAGAACUAUGGCGGCAGUGGCAGCUAAAAAACACACUUCGACGAAAAUUGUAGACGGUGUUUUAGUUGUAACAUUGGAUUCUCCAAAUGCGAAAGUUAAUUCACUUGGUGAAGAAAUAAGUGCUGAAUUUCAAGAAAUAUUAAAAGAAUUGGAAACUAACUCUCAAGUUACAUCAGCUGUUUUGAUUUCUGCAAAGCCAGGCUGCUUCAUUGCUGGAGCUGAUAUUGGAAUGCUUGAAAAUUGCAAAACGGCUCAAGAGGCAACCAAAAUAUCACACGAUGCACAAAUUAUGUUUAAUAGGCUCGAAAGAUCAAGAAAACCUGUUGUGGCGGCAAUAAAUGGUGUUUGUUUAGGCGGAGGUUUAGAAUUAGCAAUGGCAUGUCAUUACAGAAUUGCUACAAAAGAUAGAAAAACAAGUUUAGGACUUCCAGAAGUAAUGCUAGGUUUACUGCCAGGAGGUGGAGGAACCCAGCGUUUACCAAAGUUAACAUCAAUCCCAACGUCUUUAGAUUUAGCUCUUACAGGGAAACAAGUUAAAGCAGACCGCGCCAAAAAGUUAGGGUUAGUUGAUUUACUAGUUAGUCCAUUGGGUCCUGGCAUAUUACCAGCUGAACAAAAUACUAUUCAGUAUUUGGAAAAAGUCGCUAUUCAAACAGCUAAGGAUUUAGCAGCAGGAAAAUUGAAGGUUGAUCGCCAAAAAAGCGGUUUAAUGAAUAACGUUAUGGAAUUCGCUUUUGGAAUUAAUUGGGUUAAAGAUAAAGUAUUUGGAAAAGCUCGUGAACAAGUUAUGAAAAUGUCGGGAGGACUGUAUCCAGCACCUUUAAAAAUAAUCGAAGUAAUUCGAACUGGUAUAGAUAAAGGUCCUGAUGCCGGUUAUGAGGCAGAGAGUAAAGGAUUUGGAGAGUUGUCAGCAACACCAGAGUCUAAAGGACUAAUAAGUUUAUUCCGUGGUCAAACAGAAUGCAAGAAGAAUCGUUUCGGGAAACCACAAGUGGAAACAAAGGCAAUUGGUGUAUUAGGGGCUGGAUUAAUGGGCGCUGGAAUUGUGCAAGUAAGCAUAGAUAAGGGAUAUAAAGUUGCAAUGAAAGAUACAAAUGACGCAGGUCUUUCACGUGGUAUUACACAAAUUCAAAAAGGUUUAGAAAACUCAAUCAAAAGAAAACGAAUCACUAGUUUGGAACGUGACAAGAUAAUGACGAACUUAAUUCCAACACUUAAAUACGCAGAUUUUAAGGAUGCUGAUAUGGUAAUUGAGGCAGUAUUUGAAGACAUUAAUAUUAAGCAUAAAGUAAUAAAAGAAAUUGAAGAAGUAGUUCCUAAUCACUGCAUAAUUGCAACAAAUACUAGCGCUAUUCCAAUCACCAAAAUUGCAGCAGGCAGUAAACGACCAGAAAAAGUAAUUGGAAUGCAUUAUUUUUCACCAGUAGAUAAAAUGCAACUUCUUGAAAUUAUUACUCAUCCAGGAACAUCACAGGACACGACUGCGGCAGCAGUUGCUGUAGGAUUAAAACAAGGAAAGGUUGUUAUUACAGUAGGAGAUGGUCCUGGUUUUUAUACUACCAGAAUUUUGUCAACUAUGCUUUCUGAAGCUAUUAGAUUGUUGCAAGAAGGAGUAGACCCCAAGGACUUAGAUAAAAUGACAAAGAAAUUCGGUUUCCCAGUUGGAGCAGCUACUUUAGCUGAUGAAGUUGGAAUUGAUGUGGGGGCACAUAUUUCAGUUGAUUUGGCUAAAGCUUUUGGUGAUAGAUUUUCUGGAGGUAAUUUAGCUGUAAUGCAGGAUUUAGUCAAAGCUGGAUUUAUGGGCCGUAAAUCUGGUAAAGGUGUAUUUAUAUAUGAAGGUCAAAGUAAAGGAAGUCGUCCUGUAAAUGAGGAAGCCUUACAAAUUCUUAAGCAAAAAUAUGCCUUAACAUCAAAAGGUGCUAAUUCAGUUGAAGAUAUGCAAUUGCGUAUGGUAUCUCGUUUUGUGAAUGAAGCUGUACUAUGUUUAGAAGAAAAAAUACUUCAUAGUCCAUUAGAAGGUGACGUUGGUGCUGUAUUUGGUCUUGGUUUCCCACCAUUUUCAGGUGGGCCAUUCAGAUGGGUAGAUCAAUAUGGUGCAGCGAAACUUGUUGAUAAAAUGAACUCAUAUGCUGAUUUAUAUGGAGCACCAUUUAAGGCAGCACAAACGUUAGUUGAUAUGGCUAAAGAUCCAUCUAAGAAAUUCCAUAAACCAGCUGGAACUUCAGCGAAAUUAUAAGUCUGCAAAAAAAUUCUUAAUACUAGACGUCAAGUGCAAAAACUAUUGAGUUUUUUUUAUAUAGUUUGUUUUUUUUUUAUAUUGUAUUUACUACCUUUUAAUAAACUUUUUGGAAAAAGAGAAAUUAAUCAAUAAUGUUUUAGAUUUCUAUUUAUUUUUAAGAGAAAAUAAAUUUUCUAUUUAAAACUAUUA